UAUCGAUGAACAUCUUUGAUAUUUCCCCUCUCUGUCCCAGAGUUUUCUUCUAGACCCCUAUCUAAUCCGCGGAUAUCCUUCUAUGCAUUCUUUUGCCCACGUUCCUGUCGCUCGCCGUUUGGGCGGCGGUUAAAGUGGUUCCCAGCCCCAUAAAUAGGACUAGCCGCAAACUUUAACGCGAAUGGUGCCGGCUGUCCAGCGUUGAUCGCCGCCUGGCACGAAGAGUCUGGUUCGACCUGAAGAUCCCUGAGGUCGCCCGAAUGCCGUGAAAAUCAAAUUGUGCGCAUCGUGGCUCGCUCUGACCAUACUUUCCGGGGAACAGAGAUGAUAGCAGCUGCGUUUACAUCUGAUUCCAAUGGCUGCUGCAUCAUGAUCCUGACAUGAAAGAUGGGUCCGCGCAUCUACCUCCAGGUUUGAAAAUGAGUCUUGCGGGCUCACCUCGCCAGCGGCACACAGCUACUGACAUGAUUCAGACGCUCAAUGGCCCACUGUUCAUGAAGCACCCUGUUGUUUCAGCUGCAAACCUACACAGUACUCACACCUAGACUCACUCUUAAACAAAUCACAAAGUCUGUACAAUAAUUUUAAAACUCCUUCGAAACCUAGCUCCCUGCCAUGAACGAGAUGAGACAGGACGAAACUACAGAACUGUUGACUUGGCUGCUUCGGACAAGCUUUUCCAACAUGAUGGUUACAGAGAAUGGAGAUCAGGAUGUUGUUACAGAUCCAUCCGCCCGUCUUCCGCGACCGACCAGACAUCCGGCAAUCUGCAGUAUCGUUCCCAGUAACCUGCUUUGGAGAUCUAAGUUCCCCCUUACAACCGAGAGCAAUAAUCCCUCGAUCCCAAUGUUCUUGUCUAUACAAACUUCCACAAAACUCUCUCAGAACACCAAAUAUCAGCCUUCACAGUCGAAUCUCGCCACAUUGAACUUACUAUCAACAUUGACAGCCUUGUCAGCAGAUCCCGAUGCUCCGAACGAGGGGUAGAUUAUGUACUCUUGCCUAUUCCGGUUUUUGAAGGAGCGGUUCUCAAAAUUGGGUCGGAGCCUCAACGGUAUCCCGUUUCUGGACCCGAACCUUAUCGGGAUAAUGGGGGAUAUAGCCUGUGCCCUGCCAAGAUGUCAAGACCCUGAUUAUUUAACAAAGGAGCGCCGUCUUCUAUAGUGCCUAUUACUUAUUACCCUUACUCAUUCUAGAUAAUGUUGCUUGCUUAUUCGAA